AGGCCAUCUGGAAACAAACAGAAAUGAACUAAACUCUUUAACCACCAAAGCAAUGGAAAGCAGCUCAACGGCAACGGAAACGGCGAGACACAGUUGUCUCAAGCUUGAAAUCCCGAGCACCAAUCCGCUCUUCGUAAAAGGCACGUGGUUUGAUACACACUUCGAUCUCUCCGUCACCGACGGCCUCCGCGCUUGGGUCUGCAACGCGACGGAGGAGGAAGUGCAGGAAAGAGCGGCUCAGUGGGACCAGCCGGUCGCUGAGUAUAUUGAAUUAGCCGAACGGUAUUUAGGGUUUCAACAGCCCUGUUCAGUCUACCGGUUCGUUGACGCCGGCGAUGAUCACAAAAGACUUUCAUGGACUUUCGAGAAGGAAGGAACUAAGCUUGAAUGGCGAUGGAAAUUCCAGCUGGCGCCUGAUAGCCAAAAGAUUACUGCAGGAAUUCUGGAUUUUCUUAUGGAUGCAAACAUUAGUCUAAGUGAAGAAGUGGUUAGGAAAACUCAAUCUUUAAAGAAGCUAAAAGUGGAAGCUGAGAAAUGUUUAGAACAAAGUCAGAGAUUUACUAAUGAGAAGAUGGAAUUUGAAUCAGAAAUCUAUGCAAAGUUCCUUGGGGUGUUGAAUUCAAAGAAGGCAAAACUCAGGGAGCAUCGAGAUCAGCUCUCGAAACAAGGAAAAGCUUCGGUGGAUGAGGAAGAAUCUACUGAUAAAACAGAGAGCUAUGAUAGUGGAAGCGAUGGUAAAGAAAGUGAAGAAGAAGCUGCAAAGAACAUCACAAGCACAUCAAAGGAUAUUCCGGCAGGCAGGGGUCGGGGUCAAAAGAGAGCUAAACGCAAGUAGUAUCUAGUUGAAUAUAUAUAUAUAUAUAUAUAUAUAUA